UGCAUUUGCCGUUGCCAUCGCUGCUGCCUCUGGCGAUGAUUUUGCUGCUGGGCACGCACUUGAGUGGUGCGUCGGCUGUUGACAAGGAUGUGGCACCAGUUGGCGAUGUAAAAACGGAUUUACUGUCAUUGGAGCAGGAAAUUGGCGGCGCUGCGUUGCCGGGUAAAUCGGAAUCUGAUUCGCAGCGAAGUGUGCUUCCGGUUCGUCGAAGGCGUGGCAUCUUCUUCAGCGGCAGCAUCGGCGGCUUACCCUUCCUCAACUGGGCCACUGGUUAUUCUUGGGCAUAUCCUGGCUAUCCGUACAACUACUAUGGCUCACCAUCGCCUGGCUAUUAUGGUUAUGGCAGUGGCUACUAUCCCGGCUACCUCGGCUAUCAGAAAAUUAUCAUCGGCUAAUGCAGAUUUGUAAAAAGCGAAAAAAGGCAGCGCGAAA